AUGUGUCAACUUGCAGGAUGUGCCAAUGAUCUUUCUCUGAAGGGCAGUCCACAUUGGAUGGCUCCAGAGGCUGUUAUGAGGAAAGAUUCCAAUCCUCGGCUUGCUUGUGCUGUUGACAUUUGGAGCCUGGGGUGUACUGUUAUCGAGAUGCUGACUGGAAGACCACCUUGGAAUGAAUUAAAUGGGAAUGAAGGCCUAUUUGAGAUAACUAAACUGGAUGGAACUAUUAUGUCUCAGAGCAGGCAAGUAAGACCCAGCGGGAAAUUAAAUUUGGAUGACUUAGACAACUUAAGUUCUGGCUCCUCGCAAUGGUUAUGCAGUCAGCGAGAGGAGCAGGAAAAGGUACAGGCCAUGUUCAAUGUUUUGCACAAAUUGCCACCUAUACCAGAAACGUUAUCUUUGGAAGGAAAGGAUUUCCUUCGCCAGUGCUUUCAGAGAAUUCCUGCUGAUCGACCAUCAGCAGAAUUGCUACUGGAGCAUCCUUUCUUGCGAGCUUCACAUGAACUAGAUUUUCCAAUUUGCAUACGGGAAAUGAAACUGAAUGAUACCCCACACACUCCCAGGAGGGACAGGAGGCAAAAUAUGGGGGGUUCGAAUUCAGUUCCUGUCUCACCACGUGCAAGGAUAAGGCAACUGCCAUAUAACGGGUGGCUGAGAGUUUCAUCAACUUCUCUUGGAGGCCUUUUGUCACGGGAUUUGUGCAAACAGCUCAACACCAUUGCUGGUGCUGCGUGGGAAACCAUACUUACAGACUAUAGAAACCAUGCUGACUCUAGCACGCCAUCUUACACUCACAGAAAUCCUAUCCAACUGAACUUCUGCUUGAUCAGCUCUCCAUUCUUCUCCUGUCUAGUUUGA